CUUCGCUGCAGUUGGGCUCUUUUCUCGGUGUUCUUCAGUUUUCCUUCUUUAGGGGACAGUGGGUGGCGCUUUGGGGACUUCUGAGUGGCGGGCCCCAAAAUGACAACUAUCAAAGAGCAGCUUAUUUCCAAGGUAGCUGCAGAAGAUAACAUCCCCAAUUGUAAGAUCACCAUUGUUGGAGCUGGUUCUGUAGGCAUGGCCUGUGCUAUUUGUAUCUUGAUGAAGGAAUUGGUUGAUGAACUUGCCCUUGUUGAUGCUGAAGCAGACAAAUUGAGGGGAGAAACACUGGAUCUUCUGCAUGGCAGUAUUUUCCUUACUACUUCAAAGAUUGUUGGUGGAAAAGAUUACAGCAUAUCAAAAAAUUCCAAAUUAGUUAUUGUCACAGCAGGGGCAAGGCAGAAGGAAGGAGAAAGUCGCCUUGACCUAGUGCAGCGUAAUGUGGCUAUUAUGAAGUCAAUCAUUCCUAACAUAAUACAGCAUAGUCCUGACUGCAAAAUCAUAAUUGUCACAAACCCAGUGGAUAUCUUGACAUAUGUUGCCUGGAAGAUAAGUGGCCUACCUGUAAAUUGUGUGUUUGGUAGUGGUUGUAAUCUCGACUCUGCCCGUUUCCGUUACUUUAUUGGAGAGAAGCUGGGGAUCCACCCCACAAGCUGUCAUGGUUGGAUUGUUGGGGAACAUGGUGAUUCCAGUGUGCCCUUAUGGAGUGGAGUGAAUGUUGCUGGUUUUCCUCUAAAGUGUCUGAACCCUGAAAUAGGAUCUGACUCAGACAAGGAACAGUGGAAAACAGUCCAUAAACAAGUGAUUAAUAGUGCCUAUGACAUCCUUAAGCUGAAGGGAUAUACAUCAUGGGCCGUUGCACUGUCUGUGACAAAUCUGUCAGAAACUAUCUUGAAGAAUCUUAGGAGAGUACAUCCAGUUUCUACUCUUGUUAAAGGCUCAUAUGGAGUAAAUGAGGAAGUCUUUCUCAGUAUCCCCUGUAUCUUGGGGCGAAAUGGCAUCUCAGAUAUUGUGAAGAUGAACUUGAAUUCUGAAGAAGAGAAUCUUCUUAAGAAGAGUGCAGAUACACUUUGGAAUAUCCAAAAGGAUGUAACACUUUAAAGCCUCUUAUUUUAUUGUUCGAUAGAAAAGAAAGUAGAAGAUUGAAUGCUUCAUGUUUUCAAAGAAUCUUAUCUGUUUAAAAACUUAAAAAAGAUUGAGACCUAUGAUAUAGCUUCAGCUUCAAGAUUAGAAAGAGGAAAAUUUAAAGAAUUCUCCCCUGUGAAUUCUUAUUGCUCAAUUCUGAUGUACAGUUGUAAUUCAUGCUUCUGAGGGAUGUCAUAUAUGGAUAGUUGGCAUUAAGUUUUGUAGACGUCUAACCCCCACUAUGGUAUAAAACUUAAGAUUCUUAUGAGUACUUUUUCUAGUAUUGAAAUUUUAUCUUGUGCUCUCUUCAAUGAUGGCACUAUUAUAUCCUCUAUAUUGUUUUGAAGUUCAUGGGACUAGGUAUAAACUUUACUAAACACUUAUUUUUUAAGACCAUACAUAUAUAUGAAGAAAAAUAUAGAAAUUUAUAUAAAAAUUCAAUGAUACAUACAACUCUGCAAAUACCAGUUCAUAU